AGUGUAAUAUGUUGACGCGUUUGGACUCCAAAAAUAUUGAAUACAUAUGAUAAACAUAUCGGAAUUUGAGUCAUAACUAUCAAUAACUCACUUUUAAAGGCUCGGAAGUUUAUCUGGGAAUAAAUACGUUGAAAGUUAGGUCUUUAUCCAACUUACUAUACUGCUUUCGUUGAAAUUCUUCCAUCAGGCAACAAAAUAAUCAUGGAAUCAGUUCAGUAGGUUUCUUUUGUUUUUGUUUUUAACGCGUGAUGAGUUUUGGCCCUUCCCGCACGCCGUAGUUUGGAAUUUAACACAACGCGCGGCUCCCAUGGUGCCUGUGUGUACGGUGUAGACUCUUGACAAGCUAGGUGGAUUUUGACGCCGGGAAAAAAUGUGUAAAGUGAUAAUGCUCCGCGAGCUGGUCCAACAGCGACUAAAUGUGGCCAUCCAGGAGAUUUUUCAACUAUUUGAACAGACUUUAGUCGAGUACAAAGAGGAACUGUGUCGAACUAAAGUGGAGAACGUGCGACAACGCGAGCUACUGGAAGCUGUUCUACAACCUCAAGUUCGGCUACACGCAAUAGACAUCCAGCAGGUGUCGUUGGACACCCAAAACCAUGAGGGUGGCCCAUCGGAACACCUCCACAUUAAAGAGGAAACGUGGAGCGGUCGAUACGAGGAAUCCAACUGCGACGCCUUCACGCAAGUGGCAGGCGUUUGCGUCAAGAGCGAAGCCGCCGAAGCGUGUCCACAACACAACGAAGAAGCUGACGAAGAAAAACCCAAUACGGACGAAGUUGUGUCCCGCUCAUUCAACGGCGAGCCUGCUCAAGAACCUUCCAUCAAAACCUCUGAGGAAUUUGUGCCCCCUCAGCCAAAGAUGACCACCCCGGAUGAUCCCGAAACUCCCAACAUUAAAGAAGAACACGACGACGAUUGCAUGCUGGUCAAGGUCGCCGCCGCCGGCCCCAGCUGCGUGGGCGGCUUGUCCAACGACGUCACAUCCCAAUCGUCGGAUGAACCCCCCCGAAAAGCCCAAAAACUCUUCCCUUGCUCCGAAUGCGGCAAAGUUCUUGCCAACCGCGGGAUUCUCAACCGCCACAUGAAGCUCCACACCGGCGAGAAACCCUUCUCCUGCCCGGCGUGCGUGAAAACCUUCAGCCGCCGCUACCGCCUCGUCGCCCACAUUCGCUGCUGCCACCCCCAAGGAAAACCAUUCCACUGCUCCCUCUGCACGCAAACCUUUCACCAGCGUCAAGAACUGCGCUCGCACAUGAAGUGCCACAUCGGCAAGAAACACUACUCCUGCCCCACGUGCAGCAGCACCUUUUCCAGUAAAAGUAAUUUACAAACACACGUCAGGUCCCACACUGGAGAGAGACCUUUCGUCUGCACCGUUUGCCCAAAACGCUUCACCCAAAAAGCCCACCUGGUGUUACACAUGCGAGUCCACACGGGCGAGAAGCCCUUUUCCUGCGUCGUGUGCGACAGGACGUUCGUCACAAAGUCACACCUGAAUUACCAUGUCUGCGCGCAGACCGGGGACAAACCCUUCCCGCGUUCCGAGUGCAACCCCCGAUUCACCCGGAAGGAAAACACGCCGACGCACAUGGAAGAACACGCAGCCGAGGCCCCGUUCACCUGCGCGGCCUGCCCGGCCGCCUUCCACAAAAGGAAAGAACUGAUGGCGCACAAUCGCACGCACGCCCGCGAGAAAAAAUUCCCUUGUCCGUUGUGCGCGAGAAUGUUCACCAAAACGACCCACGUGACUGUGCACAUGAGGGUGCACACUGGGGAGAAACCGUUCAUCUGCCAGUUCUGCAACAAGAGCUUCAUCCAAAAAUGCGACAUGAUGAGACACAGAAUGACGCACACCGGAGAGAGACCGUUCGGUUGCGACGUGUGCCAUAAAAAGUUCACGCGCAAGGUUCGCCUCACGAAACACAAGUGCCCCGGCGGAAACGACAUCGACAAUAUAAAACAAGAGUGACCGGUUGUGAAAGUUUAUGCACAAUUGAUCAGUCAGAGGCAGCCAACAAGUUGACAUUUGGUUAAUCACAAACUUGAAUACGUACAUCACGGAGAUGGCGUUUAAUGGUAGUCUUGUUAAGUUAGCGUUUUAUGUUUACACAUUAUGUACUGCAUUCUAUGUGUAACAUGCUGUGGCAAUGUCAAAUAUCGGUUGGGACGUUUUUCUCACGAAACACAAGUGCCCCGGCAGAAACGACAUUGACGAAUUGAACGACAGUGAACGUUUGUGAGGCGGGAGUUGAAAGUGAAAGUUUCAGUUGUGGAAGUUAAUUCACAACUCAUCGGUCAGAGGGAGCCACUGAGUUGACAUUUGGUUCAUAACAAGCUUGAAUACGUACGUCACGAAGAUGGCGUUUAAUAGCUUUGUUGUUAGCGUUUUAUGUUUUACACAUUUUGUCCUGCAUUCUAUGUGUACCGUGCUGUGACAAUGUCAAACAUUAAAA